UGUUCAUUAGCAUAGCCCCGCCCCCUCACCGCCGGUCCCCGGUAUCUUGCGUUCCCGUGAGGGGAGAUCCCCGCCCGGGCUGGGUCCGCGGGGGCGCCCCCCUCACCUAAGCUGCGGGGCGCGAAGGCCUCGGCGGCAUCGCCCGGAGUGCAGCCGCCCCCAGAGCGGAGAGGGCUGGGCACGGCGCGGAGGAGCCGCCCAGGGAGGCGGUGGCGAGGGGAAGCCUCCGAGCCACGCGGGGAGCGGCUUCGUGAGCAUCGCGUGGGGCGGAGGGGGCUGCGGGCUCCUGGGGCUGCGGUGCUGCGCUGAGCUCCGGGCCUUGAUGGGGACUGCUGGCUGCGGCUUUGGUGCCUGUGCCUCUGGAGCUCAGUGAGGAGCGCGGCGUCGUGGGGAGCUCCGUGUGACUGCUCUCCCUGCCAUCGCGAGGGAAGCUUCUGUGUUUCUCUUUUUCUGUUAUUCAUAUAUUACGUAAACAAGCCAUCUUAGGAGCGUCAGCCGGCGUCAAAACUCUAGGAAGCGCCCUCACCAUGUGGACUUUCUUGGGCAUCGCCUCCUUCAUCUACGUGUACAAGAAGUGCGGGGACCUCAUGAGCUACGCCAACAAGGAGGUGCUCCUCUCCGCCGUGCUCUUCUUCUCCCUGGGCCUGCUGCUCUCGUAUCGCUACCACUUCCGUGCACCCCGGCAGCAGCAGCAGCAGCGGAAGCCCCACCUGGGGAUGCUCUCCCACGCUCUCUCGGCUCUGCCGCUGGUGGGCUUCUUCUGGGCCAAACCUGCUGCGAGGCCUCAGCAAGUCGAGCAACCCAAAUCCAGAAAGGGUAAAAUAGAAGUAAAUGCCUCAGACAUGCAUCUGACAGAGGCUGCUUCAGUUACAACAUUAUCACCCCAAUACGAUCCAGAAGUUAUCAUUGUGGGUUCAGGUGUCCUUGGGUCUUCCUUGGCCACGGUGCUCGCCAGAGAUGGAAGAAAAGUGACUGUAAUAGAGAGGGAUCUGAAGGAACCUGACAGGAUAGUUGGAGAAUUGUUGCAGCCUGGUGGUUUUAAUGCACUUAAAGAACUGGGUCUUGAAGAUACAGUAGAAGGUAUAGACGCACAAACAGUAAAUGGUUACAUCAUUCAUGACCUGGAGAGCAAGUCGGAGGUCGAAAUUCCUUUUCCAACAUCUGCAGAUGGCCGUGUGGUGAGCGGAAGGUCCUUCCAUCAUGGCCAGUUCAUCAUGGGUCUCCGAAGGGCAGCCAUGGCAGAGCCCAAUGCAAAAUUCAUUGAAGGAACUGUGACACAACUGCUUGAAGAAGAUGAUUGCGUAGUGGGUGUUCAGUACAAGGACAAAGAAACUGGGGAUACUAAGGAACUUCACGCACCACUGACGGUUGUAGCUGAUGGACUUUUCUCCAAAUUUAGAAAAAACUUGGUCUCCCAAAAAGUUACUGUUUCAUCCCAUUUUGUUGGUUGCAUUUUGAAGGAUGCACCGCAGUUUAAAACUAAUUAUGCUGAACUUGUUUUGGCUAAAACUAGUCCAGUGUUAAUCUAUCAGAUUUCUUCAACUGAAACUCGAGUCCUUGUUGAUAUUCGAGGGGAAAUGCCAAAAAACCUGAAAGAAUAUAUGCUUGAGAGCAUUCAUCCCCAACUGCCUGAUCACCUAAAGGAGCCAUUUUUAAUAGCAGUUCAGAACGAUCGUUUAAGGACUAUGCCGGCAAGCUUCUUACCUCCUUCAGCUGUUAACAAGAAAGGAGUUCUUCUUUUAGGAGAUGCAUAUAAUAUAAGACACCCUCUUACUGGUGGAGGAAUGAGCGUUGUUUUAAACGAUGUCAAAAUAUGGAGAAGUUUGCUCCAGGAUAUUCCAGAUCUUUACGAAGAUUCUGACAUUCUUAAGGCAAAAAAAACAUUUUACUGGUCAAGAAAAAGGUCUCAUUCUUUUGUAGUGAAUAUUCUUGCCCAAGCACUGUACGAACUUUUUGCUGCUACAGAUGAUUCCUUGCACCAGCUAAAGAGAGCCUGUUUCCACUACUUCAGACUUGGUGGAGAAUGUGUCUCAGGACCUGUUGGAUUGCUAUCUGUGUUAUCUCCUAAACCAAUGGUACUGAUUGGCCACUUCUUUGCUGUGGCAUUGUACGCCGUUUACUUCUGCUUUAAGUCAGAGUCCUGGGUCACCAUGCCUCGAGCAUUUUUCAGUAGCGGAGCUAUACUUUACAGGAGCUGCUCUAUAAUAUUUCCACUGAUAUACUCUGAGAUGAAGUCCCUCAUCUAUUAAAGUCCAAGGGGAUAUGACCGGACAAAGAAAAUGUGAAGAUCACGAUGCCUUUAAAAUCUCUGGACAUGUACUGUUUAAUAUUGUAUCAUGUUUUCUUCAGAAUGCAAUUUCCUUGAUCGGGGUUUGACUUAGUUUUGGUUUUGUGGUUAUAUACAUAUAUAUUAUAUGUAAAUAUUCUUUUCUUUGUGAUUGAACUUCAAAGAGGAGUUAGCUGUUUACAAGGACCGUAAGGAAGUGUUGACAUAUUGCCAGUUCUGUCAGAAUUUCAUUCCUCGCUUUAGCCAUUGCAGAGUGCACCACUAAUAUUAAUAAACUGAAAAGUGAAAACUGUAAACCACACGCUGCUAUUAUCCUUCAUGCUUCUUUCUGCUCAGUAGCUGCAUAGACUCUUCCUUCAUUUCUGUGAAAUACUGUAAGAAAAUGCCUGAUUUGGGCCAUUUCAUUAGGAUGCGCAUCUGUUCUCUUUCAGUUGCAGCUAAGAUGCUGUUACACCCACACUUCAGAGGACAUUGCAAAUGACUGCAGAUUUUGCAAUGUCACCAUGUCUUCAAUGUUACUUGUUUUUGCAAAUGCCACAUGCAGUGCUCUUCUGGAAGCAUUCAUUACGCCAGAAUCGCUCAAAACAAGCAAUAACCAAAGCAUGCUCGUGUUGGCUGCUGCACCCAGGUACUGAAAGCACAUGUUUUUUGAAACUUCCCACCUCGCUUUUAAAACCAGAUUUUGUUUUGCUUGGUUUGUGUGUAAUUGAAGGUUAAUAUGGCCGUUGACUUAAGCACAGCAACCAACUCUUUACGGAGACAACUUGAGUCCGGGCUGUUUCCAGUAGACAGCCUGUAAUAUUACUUCUGAAAAUGUGUGCCAAGUACCAUUCAAGUGUCCUUCUAAUACUUGAAAUACAUCUUUUCCUGUAGAUACUGCUGCACAUUACUGGAGAGUUCGUGUGCUUUACUACUGGGCAAUAUUCCUCUCUGCGUUACCUUCACCACUUUGCUUUCCUUUGUUCUUGUGUUCUUCCAUUUUCCCUUGCCUUUCUUACAGUUGCUUUGCGUAUCACCACGUGGCUUUCAUAUUUUGGCUUGCUGAACCCACUGUGUGUCAGUGUGGCCCAGAGCUCAGAGAGCAGCAACACAUCGUGUUCUUCUGUACUUAACAGCUUGGACUGUCUGUUUGGGAAAUGGCAGAUUGCAUAAGCUGCAUACAAAUCUACAUUCUGUGUUGGACCGUUGGGGAAAAAGAAAUCUAUGGAGGAGAAGAUUUUUUUUAGUGUUCUAUUUGACAGAUAUUUCAGAUGACCAAGAGUUUUCCAGAAGAGCCAAAAAUGUGUAUAUUUUUCUAACCGUGACCACUUUUGAUACCUUGAUACCUACAAACAUGUUCACGGAGCAUGCAGACUUCUGGGCAGAGCCCUGGUAAUUCCAGUUACCAUUAUUUGUGGUGACUAACUGAUGCCCCUGUGAAGGGUAAAGAAAAUUUUCAGCAUUUAUACGAGUAUUUUCAGAAUUUGUGACAACUUUGAGAAGAUUGGUUACUCUGACAUUUUCUAUUUUUAAUAUUAUUUGCGGUCAGUCUCUCUAAGCUCAAGGACUGACAAUCUUGAGCCAAAUACACACCCUCAGCUAACUUAAAUAAAAUGUUAUAUGUGUA